AUGGGAUCCCCAUGCCACCUCACAAGUAGUCCACCAUGUCUUUUCCUACGCAGUCAUAUCGAAACCAAUGGCUACAUCACGAUCAUUGCCGAAUCUUUUAGGGCGAACUACACCCAUGUUCAGCGUAUGCUGGCAACUCUUGCGGAGCCUGUUUCACGGCCUCCGUUGAUCCACGAGUAUCACCUUACCCCCUUUUCGCUCGGAGCGGCAGUCUCUAACGGUUUAAGCUCCGACGAAGCCAUGAAUUUCAUGCAGGCCAACGUUUACGAUCUGGGCAACCGCGACAGCCCGGCCUACCGGCGUGUGCGACACUUUAUUGAGGUAAACAUGCAACGCUACAACCUGGCCCGCAUGAUCGUCGAGCAGGACCAGGCGAUGGUCCAGUGCAAAAACCUGGAAACCGCGGCGUUGCUGCUGCAGGAUGCCGUGAUCCGCGCCCUCGCGGCCAAACCCGCUGAGGUUCGACACGGCCUGUUCACCUGGGGUGAUGACACGGACAACUUUCCCUAUUUCCCGUUACAAAGCCGAGCUGUCUGUAAGGCGGUGGCUGCGCGCUGUGUGCUGAUUGGAAUUCCAAUUCAACAGCAGUACGAAUUCGAGCGCGACGUUUCAGUUCGCUCCGUGAAGCUUAGCCUGCGUACACAGACCAAACCGCGACCAUAUCAAGUGGAGGCUCUCGAGGCCGCUACCACCGGCGGUACGCUGAAUAGUGGCUGUCUGUUGCUCCCAUGUGGGGCCGGGAAAACUCUUCUUGGUAUCAUGAUCAUGUGCAAGGUAAAGAAACCUACCUUAGUGGUAUGCGCUGGCAGUGUAAGCGUGGAGCAAUGGAAAAAUCAGAUUAUGGAGUACGCUUCGUUCGAGUCGUCUUUAAAUGCAUCUACAGAACCUAAUGAUAACAUGAACGGCAGUGCCGCGCCGAUACCCGAUACAACACGUUCCGGUGCUUCCCACAUUGCAUGUUUGACAGGUAAGCAGAAAGAUGAGAUUACAGAGAAUACGGAUGUAGUGAUCACCACUUACAGCAUGCUAGUGAGUGCGCAUAAAGCACACACACGCCGCGCGGCCCAGAAGCAUGCUUAUUGUAAUGAGCAGGGUACUCAGGAGGUGUAUAGGAAUAGAAAAGGUGUCCAACAGCGAAAUAGUAUAAAAGAAAAACUAUUUGCUCCGUAUGGUUUGAUGAUCCUAGAUGAGGUUCACAUGAUUCCUGCAGAUGCCUUUAGUGAGAGUCUGAGCUUUGUGGACGCAAAAGGUGUUAUUGGACUUACUGCCACUUAUGUUCGAGAGGACAAGAAAAUCUUAGACUUGUUUCACCUUGUGGGUCCGAAGCUAUACGAUGUAUCGAUGGAAACGCUUGCGGCGCAGGGUUACCUGGCCAAGGUCAACUGCUUCGAGGUUCACACACCCAUGACGCGGGAAUUUGGGAUCGAGUAUAUGGAGCGGAGUGCGCAGACUACAGAUCUUCAAAAGGUGGGCAAGGCGUUUGUGUUAGUGAUGUUGGCUGCGGCCAACCCCAACAAGAUGCUCUGUGUGCGCGAUUUGGUAUCCAGACAUCUUGAUAACAGGUCUAAAAUUUUAGUCUUCUGCGACCAUAUCAUGCUGCUUUACGAGUACGGCAAGCUCCUUGGUGCUCCUGUCAUCAGCGGUAAAACACAGCAUCGAGAGCGGUUAAUGAUCUUUUCGGAUUUUCAGCGAACGUCAAAGGUGAGUGUGAUCUGCGUAUCUCGCGUAGGGGACGUCAGCGUCAAUCUGCCAAGCGCCAACGUUGUGAUCCAGGUUUCCAGCCAUGGUGGGAGUCGUCGCCAGGAGGUCCAGCGUCUCGGGCGUAUUUUGCGGCCCAAAGAGCGAACCGCCAACAGCAAAGCGGUCGAGGCGUGGUUUUACUCUAUCAUCAGCACGGACACUUUGGAGAUGGGGCACGCUGCACACCGGACAGCCUUUUUAGUAGACCAGGGAUAUGCCUGUCGUAUUAUGUCGUACCGCCCAGAAACUAGCGCAUCCCGUGAACCCAAAAAGGAAGGGCAAGCAAGAGGUGAAAAUAUAGAAAACACCACCGCCCGAGGCGUAGCCAACCUUGUCAAGGAAGACGUGGUUGGUGAUAUUGCUAGUAUUAAACAGGAAAGUCUUCACGAUAUUCUCGUCAGGCCAUCGCGACGGGAGCCCCACGGUCCAGCACUCGCCAACUCACGUUUGAGAGGAGAUAUCGAAGUAAACACCCUCUCAUUCCAGCUGCAACUACUCUCGAAGGUGGUGUCCAGCUGGGAGCUUGAAUACCAGGAAAUGAGUCGAAAACGUCGUCACGCCGAGGCGAUGGAUAACGCAAGCGAAGGGCAAAUAGGUAGAUUACAAGGUCAUGGCUUGGGCGAUGACGAUGUGGUAGUGGUAGACACGGAGACCCGCAAUUACAAGGCAAUAAAAAAAGAAUGGAAUAGCCUAUACAAAGGAAGCGAGGCACCUUUUUCAGGUAAAGGAGUCAAUAAAGUGUUAAUUAAUGAGCUUAUCGGUGCCAACGAUGGCUUUGUUUAUCAUGAAUUAUAA